GCAUUGACCUGCUGAGUGGACGAAAGAUGGGGGAGCAAGGUGGUUGGCUAGAGGCUAACAGAGGAGACUGGGCUGCCAUCUGGGAUUCCCAGACCCAGACUGGUGCACCCAAAGGCUCAGGGGACAUCAUCACUGAGCAGGCCAGGACCAGAGGCGACAUAGUGGAGAUCAAUGGAUGGGACAGCGUCCUCAACUCUGAAGUGGGGAACAACACCUUGAACCACAACCAGAAACAGACAGUCGAACACAAAACAACAACCAAACUCAGUCUCCAUGACAACAGACUGGCUGAGACCAGGGCAAGGUGUAGAUUUGGUCUGCAGGGACGGGGAGGUGUCCGUAUGCAGCGGGAGAGAACAGACACAGACUCUGCUAGCGAUGCUCCGURCUGCUKCUAUAGUUGUGAUUCAGAGAGACUGAUGGCACCUCAGGUUAACCCCCUAACAGGUGCUGCCUUCAGCCCGCCUUCUAUAGGAUCUAUCAACUGGAACAUGGACCCUGCGACAACACAGACUCUCCCUGGCAUUUGUCCUCCUCACAGUCUCCUAAUGUUAAACCAGACCUCAGACAAUGCCAGUGCCMCAACACUAAAUGGCUACACAAGCCCAUUGACAAAUGACAGUAGUAGUAACGCUAUCAGCAGAUCUGGUGGCAAAGAGAAGCGCUUUCCGUGUUCAUUCUGUGGGAAAGCCUUCAGUUUCCCCAAACAGGUGGAGAUCCACCAGAGGAUGCACACAGGGGAGAAACCAUUCAGCUGUCAUCUUUGCCGGGCCAGUUUCUCCCAGUUGUCCAACCUGAAGAGGCACCAGAGGGUCCACACCGGGGAGAAGCCUUACAGCUGRCCCCAGUGUGAGAAGAGGUUCUCCCACCAGCACCAUCUGAAGAUACACCUGAAGGUCCACAUGGGGGAAAGGCCUGUACGCACUGGGGAAAGAGUGUUCUCGGAGAGGAGUUAUCUCAGGAUACACCAGCAGAAAAUGCACACGGACAAUGUAUAGUGUAUAGUGAGUGUUAAGGAAUUAUUAUUUUAUUUAGCGCUUUUCAUACAGUAUCUCACUUUWAAAAAAACAGACAAAAACAAAUAAAGUCUGUCUUCUCCUUCAGGGUCCCGUCUAAUGCCUGCUGACUGGGUUCAUAGAAAGCCUGGACCUGGGUCUAGCCUUCCUCAGCUACCUCAUGGUUACCCCACAAAUACAGACAGGGUCAGGAUUGGUGUUCACAAGAGUUACCUAACCUGUAACACAGCACACAAUCCCAACAACACCCAAACAAUGGCUAGAGGUCAAGGAGGGAGCUCAAAGACUCCUGCUUCUACCUCCUCUGGUGUCAUUGGGUUACAACGCGGGAGGCCGAGCAUGAGAACGGAUGCUGACAAGCCAUACGCCUGCCCCAGGUGUGGGAAGCGCUUCGCUAAGACUAAAUAUAUGAAGCAGCACCAGAGCGUUCACACUAAGGAGGCCUUUCAAGUGCAAGCUAUGUUACAAGAGCUUCUCAUUCCUGAGUAGCCUAAUUAGACAUAGGAGUGUCCACAAUGGGGAGAAAUCGUAGCAGUGUGGCUUGAGAUGUACACAAGGGAUAUCUGGGAACUAUUCUUUAGCUGUUAUAUUAUAGUCAUCAUGUGAAGUGUCUUGGGCUAAGAGGGUAAUUAACCAUAUAACAUUCAUUAAACCUUUGUUAACUUGUCAUUUAAAAUAGGCUUGUGUACCUGUUUUUAGAGAGACUAGGUUAGAAUAAGGACAGUUUCAUUUUUACCUUACUGAGGUGAUGUAGAUAGAAUAGAAAAUAAUAUCAUCACUUUAUUCCAACACACUUUUUUCUAAACUAGUCUGCUCUCUGCUUGAAAGAUACUGAUCAUAGGAGAUUUGAUGUGUAAUGUAAUAAGCAGUACCGCAUUUCAAAGAACAGCAUACGUCACUUUUUCAUUUAACCACACCCUUUGAGCUAUGACGCCAACCAAUAAGAUACUUUCUCUUCAGUGUAACGGAAGUGGGUGUGGCUAGGCGACAUGGUGGAAGCGGAUGUGGAACUGAAAUAGAAUGCUGGUGGAGAAAAGGAUGAGUGGACUUCUGUCCAAAAGAAUGGGAUAAGGAGAAAAACUGUUGUGGAAAAUAUGUCUAGUUCUGAUCAUAUCCCAUUGUGUCUGGUAGGACUGCAGUUUUUGGAAAAACAAUGUAUGCCAGACUUGGUGAAUCCGUUUCCAUUUAGUGUGUUUCUGCUGAUCAGAAAAGGCGUGUCUCACCCGAAUUGAUGAAUAUAAUCUAUCUUGCGUUGAUGUGCCACCUGUCAAAGGAGUCAUUUUUGGAGUCUUGGAAGAAGUCGACAUUGCUCUACUGAAGAAUGAAUCGUGUGGUAAAUGGCAUGAAGGAGAAGAUUUUGUCUGUUCUUGGGUUUUUUAUGUGGAGUGUCUCCCUACCCGAGUGCAGCUGGGAUAUGUGUACUAUUCUGUGAGAGCCUUUAUUUACUUCUUAGUAAACUCAAAUGGAUAAGUUA